CCUGUGUCUCUUGUUUUUCAGAGACCUAAAGGCCAAGGAAACAAAGUGCAAAAUGGAUCUGUCCAUCAUAAAGAUGGUUUGAACGAUGAUGAGUUUGAGCCCUAUAUGCACACACAGGAACGACAGAACAAUGGUUACACCGCCCUGUCAGAUUCAUAUCUUCCAAGCUACUACAGUCCAUCUAUUGGUUUCUCCUACUCCCUGAGUGAGGCAGCUUGGUCAACUGGAGGUGAUCCCCCACCAACUGUGCCAUAUGUGGCCUCUUAUGGUCAGUUAAGCAAUGCAGAGCCCCAUUAUCUUCCAGAUCCAAUGUUUGGUCCUCUGGGUAGCUCUCCUUUCCUUGGACACCCUGGCUUUAAUUUCUUUCCAAGUGGCAUGGACUUUUCAGCCUGGGGCAGCGGAGGGGGCUCUCCUGGAGCAUCUGCCCCCAGCUCAGGCUAUGGUGGCAGUUACACUUAUGCACCAAGUACAUUGGGAGGGGCUGUCUUGGAUGGGCAGACCAGUUUCAAUGGUGGCAAAGCCGUGGGAAGCCUAGAACAGAGCAUGGGGGCGCUGAAACUGGGAGAAAGUGGCUUGAAAACACCAGUUGGCGGUCUGCCCCCUGCCACUAUCGUUCCUCCUAAACAGGCCUCCUGGGCUGACAUUGCCAGCAAACCAGCAAAGCAAAACCUUGCAAAGAUGCUCCCUCCACAGCCCAUCAAGCAAAAUAUGGAGAUUGGAACUUGGGAGAACAAGACACAGCCUUCUGCCAUUUGUCCACUUCCAUCACCUCCAGUCAUACAGCAGUCUACUGGUUGUAUACCCUCUGCCUCUCAUCCUCCUACACGCUGGUCAGCACCACGUAACAGAGGCACAGAGCAGACCAAUGCUCCAGCUUCCUCUCCUGAUCCGCAUCCUGUCUUGGAAAAGUUGCGUUCUGUUAACAACUACAAUCCCAAGGAUUUUGACUGUAGUCCUAAACAUGGGAGAGUAUUUAUUGUCAAGAGCUAUUCAGAGGACGAUAUCCACCGUUCCAUCAAAUAUAACAUUUGGUGCUCCACAGAACAUGGUAACAAGCGUCUGGAUGCAGCUUAUCGCUCGCUUAAUGGCAAGGGGCCAGUCUAUUUGCUCUUCAGUGUUAAUGGCAGUGGUCAUUUCUGUGGGGUAGCAGAAAUGCGCUCGGCUGUGGACUAUAACACCUGUGCUGGCGUGUGGUCACAGGACAAGUGGAAAGGCCGAUUUGAUGUGCGCUGGCUGUUUGUCAAGGACGUGCCCAACGGGCAGCUACGCCACAUCCGACUAGAAAACAACGAGAACAAGCCAGUGACCAAUUCACGAGACACACAAGAAGUCCCUCUGGAAAAGGCACGUCAGGUGCUUCGUAUUAUUGCCAGCUAUAAACACACCACCUCAAUCUUUGAUGACUUCUCGCACUAUGAGAAGAGACAAGAGGAAGAGGAAAGUGUUAAAAAGGUAUGA